GUCUUAUCUGCCAGGUACAUAUACGUAGCAAUCUUGGAUCCCGACACACCAACAUGGAGUCGGGCAUGUUUUUGUGCAUAUUUCUGUUCAUGUGUGGAGUUUCUGCCACUGAAGAACACAAACGCGUGGCGUCAUGUGACCCUAACUAUUUACAUGAUCUGGAGACGAAAGUACAAACUAUGCUGACGACGGUCUCUUCCUUAACAACACAGCUUACGGAUCAACACAACGCUAUGACCCAGUUGACGAGAAGGACAACUGAACUAGGUUCCGGAGGCAUGUACACCAGAUGGGGAAGAAGCGAGUGCUCAUCCAACUCGUCCGAGCUAGUUUACGAAGGUUAUGCCGGGGGUUCCCACUACACAGACCAGGGUGCGGCAGCAGAGUACGUGUGUAUGCCCAGAAACCCUGUGUAUGAAUACACAGAUUACCACGACUACGACGGUUACAUUUACGGGUCAGAAUAUGAAAGUACCUUUUUCGGCACAACACGAGUAUCGGAUGACGUGCCAUGCGCUGUGUGUAGAUCUUUGAGUCCUUCCGUUCUGAUGAUCCCGGGAACCAACACUUGUCCCGCCGGUUGGGGGAUAGAAUAUCAUGGAAUUCUUGCUUCCGGUUACCGUGGACACGCGGCUGCAUCUCAGUACGUCUGUUUGGACAAAAAUCCAGAAGCUCUACCACACGGAAUUCGAAAGGAAGACGGGAAGCUUUUCUAUCGCGUUCGCAGUAAAUGCGGUAGUCUCCCUUGUCCUCCGUACAUUGACGGUAGUAUUUUGUCAUGUGUCGUCUGUUCGAAAUAAAAGAAAUGGU